CCGUUUCACCAAUUUAUGGUCUGUUGCCUUCACCUAGUGGAGAUUUCGGGAAAUGCAAUUUAUUACAGCAAUUUUAGUGAUGCAGUCAGCAGAAGAGGGACGCGUCGCCCCAGAGGAUCUGCAAAAUGAUGGAUUCCAGAGGAAACUAAUAAAAGAAGAAGAUGGAAGUUACUUCUGUGAAGGAUCCAUAAUCCCUGUGGUCAUCUCUGAGGAACAUCUCACUCCAGUGGACCAACAGUGUGGAGGUUUCCAGAUGAAGCCUGUGAAGAAGGAAGAACCUGAAGAUAAAGAUGAACUCAAACUGAACAAGGAUUUCUGCUGCUCCUCGUGUCCACGUUCCUCUACAACCCAAAAUCACCUCCACAAUCACAUCAAGAGCUGCAACCAUGAUAAAUAUGAUGAUGCGCUGGUGAAGAUUAAGACUGAACAUGAGGAUCUGACGCCCACCAGAAGCUCCAGUAAUCAGCAAACGUCCUCUGGUACUGUCAGCAUUAACACCUCUCUCAGUCCCACACAGGAAGAAGGAAACGUCUGCUCACACUGUGGGAAGAGCUUCAGGUUCCUGAGUGCUUUCAAAAUCCACCAGCGCAUUCACACCGGAGAGAAACCGUAUCAGUGCUUAGAGUGUGGAAAGUGUUUUAACACACAGUGUAACCUCAAAAAUCACCAACGCAUUCACACUGGGGAGAAACCGUAUCAGUGCUCACAGUGUGGAACUUCAGCUUCCAUCUUCUUCAUGUACGAGCUCCUUCAUCUCCACUAUCUUUAACCUUAUUAAAUCAUGUUUUCACUGUAUUAUUUUCUUCUAUUAAAUAUUCAUUACAUGUAGAAAUGAUGUGAGUUAAUAAUGGAUUAAUCAGA